AUGUGUCUUACAUUUUGCACGUCAGGAAUUCGAGCUGGAGCUGCCGAACUCGCGGCACGAAAUAAAAUCUUUAGUUCGAUAAAAGGUAAGUCUAAAGAAGAUGCGAAAGAGUACUACAAAGAAAACGAAGAAUUUACAUUAUUAGCGAGUGAGGAAAGCGAAGAAGUCGGAUUUCUAGCAAGUUGCUUGAGCAUUUUAGAUGAAAACCUUGAAAUAGUUAACUCUGAAUUAGAUACUGUGUUAUAUAAUAUCGAAGAUUUACUUAAACUUGAUCUUCUUAUUGUCAAAUUG